CACCGUUUCCCCCACCCCCUCCUAUUAUUCUUAUUCUUUUGAGUAUUCUUCAUUGUCAAGCCGCCAAAGUGGAGAGUGUGAUUGCAGAAGGGGGUGCUUCUCGUUUCAGUGCUUCUUCGGGGGGAGGAGGUGGUAGGGGCACACCUCAGCACUAUCCCAAGACUGUCGGCAACAGCGAGUUCCUGGGGAAAACCCCAGGGCAAAGCGUUCAGAGAUGGGUUCCUUCACGAAGCACUAGACGAGAUGUCAACUCCAGCAACGAAAAAGAGCGACACGAUGCAAUCUUCAGGAAAUUGAGGGGCAUACUCAACAAACUCACGCCUGAGAAGUUUGACAAGCUAUGCCUUGAGCUCCUGAACGUGGGCGUAGAUUCAAAACUCGUCCUCAAAGGAAUCAUCUUGCUAAUUGUAGACAAAGCCCUAGAAGAGCCCAAGUAUAGCUCGCUCUAUGCUCAGCUAUGUCUGCGCUUGGCAGAGGACGCUCCAAACUUUGACGGCCCUUCAUCUGAGAUCCAAACAUCCCAAAAGCAGAGCACAACCUUCAGAAGACUGCUGAUUUCCAAACUUCAAGAUGAAUUUGAAAACCGCACGAGAAACGUUGAAAUCUAUGACAAACAUGACAACCCUCUUACUUCUGAGGAGGAGGAGCAGCGUAACAUUGCCAAGAUCAAGAUGCUUGGCAACAUUAAAUUCAUCGGGGAACUUGGCAAACUCGACCUCAUCCACGAAUCUAUCCUUCAUAAGUGCAUCAAAACACUUCUGGAAAAGAAGAAGAGAGUCCAGCUUAAGGAUAUGGGGGAGGAUCUGGAGUGCCUCUGUCAGAUAAUGAGAACUGUGGGGCCGAGACUCGACCAUGACAAAGCAAAGUCUUUAAUGGAUCAGUAUUUUGGCCGUAUGCGAUCCUUAAUGAACAACAACGAGUUGCCCGCUAGGCUCCGCUUCCUGCUGCAAGACACAGCGGAACUUCGAGAAAACAACUGGAUCCCCCGCAAGGCUUUCAUCGACAACGGACCAAAGACGAUUAACCAGAUCCGUCAGGAAGCAGUGAAAAUCAGCCUCAGGCCUGCUCAGUCAUUCCUCCUCAACAAGAACCAGGUACCCAAGCUUCAGCCCCAGAUCCCCACCAUGAUGCCUCCCAGCGCCCAGCCUCCACACACUCAAACCCCCCCUCUGGGACAGCCUCCACAGCUCGGCCUGAAGACCAACCCUCCGCCCAUCCAAGAGAAACCUCAGAAGAUAAUCAAGAAACCUCCUCCUGCCAAGGAGGAACUGCUUAAGAUGACGGAGGCGAUGGUGACGGAGUACUUGAACAGUAAGAACCUGACGGAGGCUGUGAGCAUCACCAAAGAGAUGAAGGCUCCCAAGCCCUUCCUGCCUGAGAUGCUGAGUAAGAUCAUCGUGUGCUCCCUGGACCGUCCUGAUGAGGACAAGGAGCACGCCAGCACUCUGAUCCACACCCUCCGCACUGAGGGCCUCAUCACUGGAGAGAGCUUCAUGCAGGCGUUCCUCAACGUCCUGGACCAGUGCCCUAAGAUCGAGCUGGACGUGCCCCUGGUGAAGUCCUACCUGGCCCAAUUUGCGGCUCGGGCCAUCAUUGCAGAGCUGGUGAGCGUGGCGGAGCUGGCUCACCCCCUGGAGAACGGCACACACUUCCCCCUCUUCCUGCUCUGCCUGCAACAGACGGCGAAGCUGAAGGACCGAGACUGGCUCACUGACCUCUUCCAGCAGAGCAAGGUCAACAUGCAGAAGAUGCUCCCAGAAAUCGAUCAGAACAAGGACCGCAUGCUGGAGAUCCUGGAGGGGAAGGGCCUGAGCUUUCUGUUCCCGCUGCUGAAGCUGGAGAAGGAGCUGCUGAAACAGAUCAAGGCAGACCCCUCUCCACAGUCCAUCUACAAGUGGAUCAAAGACAACAUCUCGCCCAAGCUUCACACUGACAAAGGCUUCGUUAACAUCCUCAUGACCAGUUUCCUGCAGUACAUCUCCCAGGAGCUGUGCAUGGCGGAGGGCGAUGAGCAGCUGGCGGCCCCCCCCAAAGAGCAGCUGGAGCAGGAGAAACAGCUACUGCUGGCCUUCAAGCCCGUCAUGCAGAAGUUCCUGCACGACCACACCCAGCUGCAGGUCAGCGCCCUCUACGCCUUGCAGGUGCACUGCAAUACCAGCGCCUUCCCUAAAGGCAUGCUGCUGCGCUACUUUGUCAACUUCUACGACAUGGAGAUCAUUGAAGAAGAAGCCUUCCUUGCAUGGAAAGAAGAUAUCGCCCAAGAAUUCCCUGGAAAAGGAAAAUCUUUAUUCCAGGUCAACCAGUGGCUCACCUGGCUGGAGACGGCGGAGGAGGAGGAGUCAGAGGACGAAGCAGACUGAGACAUCAUGGUGUAGAAGACUGACCGUAUCUUAUUAGUACACUCGCCUUUCCUUUGUUAUUUAACUCCAUUCUUACCACUACCACGUGGCACUUCGCUGCUUCUGGCUUGCGAAUAUAAAACAAAGUUUGUACCUGUAGGGCCUCAAGUGUUACCGUGUGUGUGUGUGUGUGUGUGUGUGUGUGUGUGUGAGACCACCUGCACCUGUGUGUUCCUUCUGGAGUGGCUCACCCAUGUGUUUCUUCUUCUUUCUCUUUCUUCUUCUUCCUCUUUCUUCUUCUUCUUCUUCACUGUUUUGCAUUUCCACUCGUAGUUACGGAUUGGAAGCUGCUUCAUUGGAACGUGUCGGAGUUCCUCCUUAAUAAAUAAAACGAGUGGUCGUCUUCACUAACGCUGGUUAAGAGCAUAAGACUAUUAACAAAAGGUCACCAGGCUGCAGAGCGAUCAUACAGUGAAACUCUAAGACAACAUGUGACAUUCAGCCUUUUUGUUUCAGGACGUGAUGGAUGGCAGGGGGGGGGGGGGGCACUGAAAGGGAGAAGCAUACGCUGGCAAAAGAAUAAAAUAAUGAAUUUGGUGCGUAUUUAGUCGACCUGCCAACUAAACUAGAUUUUUGAUAAGUGCUCUUUGUAGUUGCUGAUGAUGAGCAACCCCCUGAUUGUUCACCCCCCCCUCCCCGUCGUCGUCUGUCGCUCUUUCUUGUCUUUUGUUUUUCACGAGCGGUUGCAACACUCGUGACCCUCCUGAUGUUACAAUAUUAAAGAGAAGUUGUAAUAGUGUUUCAGAGUUGCCUGUGUUUCUACCUCUUCGUUGGGCUUCUGUUUUGCUUUUGUGCUGGAUGAUGAACUCUACUAAGAAGAACCUCCAGCUCAUGCAGAUGCUGCAGUAUUUGAUUAUUUGUCCUAAUUGCACAAUACAUUUAUUGAAACUGACUUUUCCUAUGAAGCUUCACGUGGUUUACAAGUAUUAAUAUUUAGGCACGAAAGCAACGCUUGUUUUGAUUAGUGGGACAGCUCGGUGUGCUCGUGUUGAAGUUGGACUUUAAGUUUCCUUUCGCCCAGAAUUAGAAGUUAGGGUGUCGAUAUGGAAAAUGAAAUUUGUAAUGUUUUUCUAGUAUAAGACAAUUGAUUAUCCCCCCCCCCUCCUCACUAAAACAACUAAAUAAGAAAAGAGUUGUGUGGACAAGCCAUGUGUAUGUAUAAGGCAAUGGGUUUGGAUUAUUUUUGCAAAGUAUUCAAAACAAUAUUGUGCACCUCUAUUGCUAUAAUGUCAAUAAAGUCCAGUUCAUGAGCACCAAA